AUGACAACUGGUAAAGACAUUGAAUUAGAUUGCACACCUUAUCAGAGUAUAUACGAGACAAAAACGAAAUUAGCGGAUGUCUUAUCUUCAAAUGUAGAUGAUUUACAAAUUAUUUUCAGAGCCGUUCCGGUCGACAACUCCAAGUGUUUCAAAGAUCUUGAUAUUACAUCAGGGCCAGCUCUAUUUUUUGUCUCAAUUAGUAAUACACACAAACAAGUAGAAAAACCUCACAAAUCAGCUUCUUCUAGAAGUAAUCAAAAGAAUGAUAGAAAAUACCAAUACUUACCACCACGAGAACCAUUUUACCAGCCAAGAGAAGAGAAAGUUCAAAACAUGAUAGCUAUUCUUCAAGAAUUAGGUUUUGAAAAGGAAAUGUGUGCAGAAGCACUUAAAGCAGCAUCAUAUAAUUGUGAUCGUGCUGCAGAAUAUUUACUUGCAAACUCAAUUCCUUGCGAUGUUUGCCAAGAUGUUGAUACUUUGUGUGAACAACGCAAUAAAGUUUGCCAAGAAGCUGUAGAACAGAACGUAGGAGAUUACUCUGCCAAGCUAGAACAGCUCUCGCCUGAUCAAAGAGAGGCUAUUAAACGCCUCGAAGCGAAUGGUUUCGAAAAACAUCUUGUUAUUCAAGUCUACUAUGCAUGUGAGUUCAAUGAGGAGAAUGCAUUAAAUAUAUUAAGUAAUAUGGAUACCCAGUAA